CUCAGUCUACCCUUUGUCAUCUUUUACUGAAGUUUGGAUGGACAAGGAGCACAAAGUUGACACCUGACUUGAUGGGAGAGCAAGUGGUGACGAUGGUGGCGGACUUUUGUUGAACGCUAUUUACACGCAUGAUGCGCGGCCAUGGCGUGGUGUGACCGCGGGCUCCAGACUCUCUUGGCCGUCGCGGGCGCCUUCGCCGCAUUCAGCCUCAUGAGCAUCGCCAUCGGCACUGACUACUGGCUCUACUCUCGGGCGUACAUCUGCAACGCCACUAACGCCAGCGCGGACGAAAGCCACGCGCAGAGCAAGAAAGUCAAAGGCGACCUGACGCACUCUGGACUGUGGAGGAUAUGCUGCAUAGAAGGUAUCCACAAAGGAAGCUGUUUUCGGAUCAAUCACUUCCCGGAGGAUAAUGACUACGACACAGACAGCUCAGAGUACAUCCUACGUAUCGUGCGAGCCUCCAGCCUCUUCCCCAUCCUCAGCACCAUCCUGCUGAUGCUGGGCGGCCUGUGCGUUGGCGUCGGACGCAUCUACAGCAGGAGGAACAACAUCCUGCUCAGUGCUGGUAUUCUCUUUGUGGCUGCAGGCCUGAGCAAUAUCAUCGGCAUCAUUGUUUACAUCUCCAGCAACGCCGGUGAUCCCAGCGACAAGAAAGAUGAGGACAAGAAGAACCAGUACAACUACGGCUGGUCCUUCUACUUUGGAGCCCUCUCGUUCAUCGUGGCAGAAUCAGUGGGGGUCCUCGCCGUCAACAUAUACAUCGAGAAAAACAAAGAGACACGCGGCCGAGUCAGGCGCGACUUCAUCAAAUCUACCGCCUGCUCUUCUCCGUAUGCGCGUAUCCCGAGCUAUCGCCGCAGACGGAGGCGCUCACGUUCCAGUUCCAGGUCGUCCGAGCCCUCCCCGGGAGGGCUAAAACGGGGGGGAGGUUUUGGCGGGGAGAUGAGCUUGCAGGUGGGAGAUAUAUCCCUCUACACUUUCCGCAGGGACCCUUUGAAAGUGGCGAGACAAUACAGUCCUGAGAGUGACUCUGGCUUCUUACAGGUCCACAAAAUCCAGAAAGAUGUGAAAGAUGGCGGCAACAGGAGGACCACACCUGUAUGAGUGCUCUUGUUGGACUUUACAAUAGGCUUGAUAGGGACACACUAGGCAUUACGUUGUUACAUACUCCGUGUGUAUAUUUACAGUGAAGUGAAAAAGUAUAUGUCCUCUUCCCAAAUAUUUUUUUUUACACAGUUUUCCCAGUUCCAAAAAUAACCCCUGAUAAAUGAAAUCCGCAAAGGAGUCAUCUUUAUUUUUUACAAAAUAUGACGUACACAAUACAAAACUGUAUUGAAUGAAAUCGAAGAUUUCGGUGGACUAACGGUAAAACAAAGACAUGCCUCAUUUGUCAUUUGUGCCUUAUUUCAGGAUGAAAAUUCACAUUGUCCACAAUCAUUAUCAGAGGUGAGCAUGUUCAUCCAAUCAUCCCGUGACAGUCAACUGGAAAUCUGGGCUGACAUGGGCUUGACUGACACAGUGUAUGCUCAGCUUUAGGUAAAAAGAAUCUAGAUAGCUCAGAGCUCGACAGUAAAUUCUUUUAACUGUUUUAUGACAUCCAUCCAUUUUCUAAUCCGCUUAUCCUCGUGAGGAUUGCGGGCAUGCUAGAGCCUAUCCCAGCUGUUUUCAGGCAAUAGGAGAGGGGUGCAUCCUGAACUGGUUGCAAGCCAAUCACAGGGCAGUCUUGAGACAAUUAAAAAAAUAAAAAUAAAAAAAAAUAUAUAUAUAUAGUAUAUCAGUGCCAUUUUCGAGUAGGAGAUGGUGAAAACGCGGUUAAUAGAUGUUAUAGUUGCUUGAUAAAGCAUGUUUCACCCGAAGCAAAUGUAUCAACAAAAGUGUUUACUUAAGCCACGAUUUGUACGUUGCUUACUUUAACACAGCCGGUGCUAUGCCCUUCUCCUCUUACAAGAACUUACAUGCACAAAAAACCUACUGAAUUCUUAUUAGCGUUGGCUUUCUGCUUAUUAUGGGAUCACAAAGUGUCAAAUGUGCUAAACAGCUCUGAAACACUGCCACACACGUGCAACAUGCUUUUUGUAAAUAUCGAUGUAUCUUUCUAAUUAUGAAUGAGAAAGUGGCAGAAUAUGCCAGGGUGCAUCCAAAGCAUGUGUUAAUUUAUCUCAGCAUAAAUAUGUAUUGUUUGCUCAGGGACGGUAUUAAGGACAAAUUAAUAUUCAUUGAAGUCCUAGAAAAAACAAGGAUCUUCUACUUUGUUUACAUUCAUGCUUUUCACUGGACAUCUACAAUGUACACCCUAAGUGAAUUUUAGUGUGUAAGACUAUUUCCUCAGCUAAAAAAAAUAAAUAAAUCCACAUUCCUAUUUCAUUGCUGAAUGCGCAGCCAACAAGAAAGUGCCACACCUCAGAUAAAUGCCUCCCUUUUCUCCCUCACUAAAAAUCACAUUGGUGGUUUUAAUUACAUUUGCUAUGACUGAGAUAAAUGUACACAGCACUUGCAGAAAAUACAUGGCUUCUGUAAAACUGAAAUGUAUGGUGUUGAGCAAACACGGUUCAGAGAAGGACAUUACUGUUUCAUUAGCGCUGUUUGUUUGUAGCACUAACGGUCUCAGUCCACAGACGGCGGACGUGACUUCUUCUUCAUGACCUGAUUGUCAGCAAUAGUUUGAAAGAGUGCUACUGACGCUUACAGGACACAAUUGGAACAGCAAACACUGUUCCUUCAUCGACCGAGUUUUACAGGUACAUGAGUGGAAAGAAAAUGAAUAAUAUAUUUAACGUAACAAAUGUGUUUUUUUGGUGUAAAAUAAUAUUAAUUACAAAGCUUCUAAUUUUAAAAUUGAAUCCCGCUACG